GUCAUAACUUCAUGCCGCUUUCUGUCAUUAAUUAAAUAUAGAAGGAUUUAGGGAAGAAUUACUGAAGUACAUUUUUAUUUAAUAGUGAAUUAGUUCUCAAGAAACGAAUGUGAAUGGGUUGAUAAUGGACAGAAUAAAGUUUCCAUCAUUACCAGAUGCUGAAGAAACUGUGGAAUGGACUUACUCAAUGAGAAGAGAUAUGCAGGAAAUUAUUCCUGGUUUGUUCUUGGGGCCAUAUUCUGCAGCUAUGAAAUCAAAGAUUGAACAACUAACACAGUCUGGUGUUACACACAUUGUUUGUGUAAGACAGGAUAUUGAAUCUCAUUUUAUCCGUCCAAAUUUCCCAGAAAAAUUCAAGUAUCUUGUAUUGGAUAUUGCUGAUACAGUGACAACUAAUAUUAUUCAACAUAUACCAAAGGUAAAAUUUUUUAUUGAUGAUUGUUUAUAUUGUAGAGGGAAAGUAUUAAUACAUGGAAAUGCUGGAAUUUCAAGGAGUGCUACUCUGGUUAUAGCAUAUAUUAUGGAAACAUAUGGAUUAUCCUAUAAAGAUGCAUUUUUACGUGUUCAACAGAAAAGGUUCUGCAUAAAUCCAAAUGAAGGUUUUGCUCAGCAGCUCAGGGAAUAUGAACCAAUAUAUAAAGCAAAAUUAACAUUACAAAAUGGUGAAACAUCUCAAGUCACUGGUAAAUUGAAAAGGAGGAUACAAGAUGUAGAAGAUUCAGAUAGAGGUAACGAUAGCAUGGAUAUAUGUGAAGAAUCUGUUCCAUCAUGACUAGGACCUUUUGUCUGUGUUAAAAAUAUAACACUAUUCAUUUGAAAAUACUCCAAAAACUCUAGAAGUUGGUAAACAUUAAUUUGAGUCACUGUUAAUAAAAAAUCAUUAUGCACGUGACAAAAUCCAGCCCUGCACUGCCUCCGAACAGAUGCAAUUGAGGAUGAUAUUAUUGAAUGGUGUACAGGUUGUUUAAGUAAACUGAAUUCUCAGUUUUGAAUUUUUUACAAAACUAUUAUAAAAAAAAACCUCUCUUGUACUUAACGUUGUCAGAUGUCUAAAUGAACAAUUACUUUGCUUUAUUUAUGUUUAAAGAUUGAUUAUAUUGUUCACGUAACAAAUUAGUAAUUCAACAGAAAAUUAAAUAAUUAUUUGAGUGAAAUGAUCUCAAUAAGAAUAAUAAUUCCUAAAUAAUUUUGUUAUUUGAACAUUUAAUCAGAAAGCAAU